AUGGAUACGAAAAAUUCUGGAGCUGCUAAAAGAAAAAGAAUUUGUACUUCGACCUUAAUUAGCACAAACAAAUGUCCAAAGUUCUUAGUUAUUACUGGUCAGCUAGAAAAUCUAUCACCAUUCUUCAUCCAUAAGCAUAUUGUGGCCUCAGCAGGCGAGCCAAAACACAUAAAAAAGCUCCGUUCAGGAUCUCUGCUCAUCGAGACUACAUCUGAUGCACAAUCUUCCUCUCUCCUAAAAAUGACCAAAAUGGGGGAACAUUCUAUUACUGUAUCCCCACAUAAGUCUUUGAACACGUCAAGAGGUGUCAUUUCGGAAAUAGACUUGAUAUCAGUCUCUGAGGAUGAACUUUCAAAAGAACUCGCCGAGCAAAAUGUAUGUGGGGUCCGCCGAAUAAAAGUCCGUAGAGACGGGCAACUCGUCAACACAAAACAUCUUAUUCUGACUUUUUCAUCUCCAGAGCUACCGAAAGCCAUUAAGGCAGGUUACCUGAAUUGCCCCAUCAGACCUUACGUGCCGAACCCACUGCGCUGCUUCAAGUGUCAACGGUUUGGCCAUGCGAAGGCCGCAUGCCGGGGAAACCUGGCAUGUGCUCGCUGUUCUGCAGGUGGUCACGAAAGUCAGGAUUGUGUAGCUGAUCCAAAAUGUGCAAACUGUCAUGCCGAUCAUCCAGCAUACUCACGAAACUGCCCUAAGUGGAAAGAAGAGAAAGAAAUACAGCAUAUUAAGACUACAAGAAAAAUCUCCUAUCCUGAAGCUAAGAAACUUUUUAGCACGGGUCAGUCAAAAGCAAAUGUCUCCUAUGCACAAGCCACUAAAUCAUAUCGGUCAAUAAGUACACAAACAUCGCAUAGCACACAGAGAGAAGAUACCUGA